CCAGAUUGCAAAACCCUGCACGGUUGCGGAACCAGCCUUCGUCGCUAGAGACGCCGUCAGCCACUGAGUCAACCCAGCGACACUGCUCCGACGUUGCAGCACCGCGUCAGCCCACGAAGAAAUUGCGCCGUCAACCCACAGGUGAUUAAGAAUUGGUGAAGAAGAGCAUUGGAGGAUAUGAAAGGAGAUGCUUAGCAGGUUAAAUAGGCGUUGCUUUUGCACUGUUGCUUCACGCCCAUGGCUCUUUGUAGGCUUGGGCAACCCUGGGGAGAAGUACAAAGGAACGAGACAUAAUGUGGGGUUUGAGUUGAUUGAUGCAUUUGCUGAAUCACAAGGGAUUUCAAUUAACACAGUUCACUGCAAAGCUAUCUUUGGGGAAGGUUUUGUUGGUGAGGUCCCUGUUUUCCUUGCAAAGCCUCAAACUUAUAUGAAUCUUAGUGGUGAAUCUAUUGGACCACUUGCAGCUUACUAUAAGCUACCUCUUAAUCGUGUGAUUGUGUUUCACGAUGACAUGGACUUGCCCUGUGGGGUGCUUCGUAUUAUCCAUAAAGGAGGUCAUGGAAGCCACAACGGGCUAAAGAGUGUGAUCUCUCAUUUUAGAGGCAACAGAGAAUUUCCUCGGCUAAGAAUUGGUAUUGGUAGGCCGCCUGGACAAAUGGAUCCCAAAGCAUUUUUGCUCCAAAAGUUAAAUGCAACGGCUCAAGAACGAAUUGAUGCUGCGUUGCAAGAUGGGGUGGUCAUGUUGAAGCUCCUUUUAUCUAAAGGAUUGACGGAGUGUGCAAGAUGCUUUAAUAAGGAGCAAAAGUACAAGUAUACAAGAUUGCAGACUAUGCCCACAUGACAAGCUGAGAAUUGGGUGGAGUUGCUGCCUGGAAAAUGGCACUUAUUGUACUGUACAUGGAGGAGGCACAUAGGGUUGACGUUUAUUUAUUGGGACUGGAUAACACUUAUUGCAUAUUCUUAUUCUAUGGUAAAUGCAUUUUUGACGUAAUCAUGAUCAAAUAAUUGUGGUUGUCUCAUGACAA